AAGAAUUCUUUUACAAAUGGGAGUGUUCUGAGCACAUCAGUAGUGUUAAAUCACUGCCGUAGUCGAGUGACUGGCGACUCGAAUCGUUGAAUGGAGGAACCUAAGCCCAAGGAUGCCACCAUUUUACAUUCGAACGGGAGCUCUGAUGACAGUGUGCCGGACCCUCCUCCUGUUCGAGUCUAUGCUGAUGGGAUCUACGAUCUCUUCCACUUCGGCCACGCUCGCUCCCUUGAGCAAGCCAAGAAACUGUUCCCAAGCACCCAUCUGCUUGUUGGAUGUUGCAAUGAUGAGAUCACCCAUAGAUAUAAAGGAAAAACUGUUAUGACGGAGGACGAACGCUGUGAAUCUCUUCGUCAUUGCAGGUGGGUGGAUGAAGUCAUUCCCAAUGCACCUUGGGUGAUCACACAAGAAUUUAUUGACAAGCACAAGAUUGACUAUGUGGCCCAUGAUUCUCUUCCUUAUGCAGAUGCUAGUGGAGCUGGGAACGAUGUCUAUGAAUUUGUUAAAUCUGCUGGAAAGUUCAAGGAAACAAAACGGACUGAUGGGAUUUCUACAUCAGACGUUAUAAUGAGGAUUGUAAAAGAUUAUAAUGAAUACGUGAUGCGUAACUUGGAUCGUGGAUAUUCAAGAACAGAUCUUGGUGUUAGCUACGUGAAGGAAAAACGAUUGAGGGUGAACAUGAAAUUGAAGAAAUUACAGGAGAAAGUGAAGGAACAACAAGAGAAGGUGGGAGAGAAGAUUCAAACUGUUGCAAUGUAUCGUAAUGAGUGGGUGGAGAAUGCCGAUCGCUUGGUUGCUGGAUUUCUUGAGAUGUUUGAAGAACGUUGCCAUAAAAUGGGCACUGCCAUCAGGGAUCGAAUUCAAGAGCGGCUAAGGGGUCAGCAGUCUAGAGAUUCCACAUAUCUCCUACAUGAUGGAAGCGACGAUGCUGAUGACGAUGUUGCCGAAGAAUAUUAUGACGAGGAUGACGAUGGUGAAUAUUAUUAUGAUGAGGAAGCGUAUGCUCAGCAUGACACGAUAGAUUAGAGAGAAGCAAUGUAGAAUUCACAGCUUGCAGGUGAUGAAACAUUAGUAUAUACUUUUGAAUGCCUUGGGAUGAAAAUCUUGCAGAUUGUGUGUUCGUUGCAUAAUGUGUCUCGCCACUUGGUCUCUGUAAAGUGCCAUAUAGUAAUUGCGUGGUUUUGCUCUGUCUGCGAAAGCGAACUUUUGUUAAAAUUGAAACUUCAACAUUCUUUUGA